UUUCAAACAUCAUGAACUUUAUUGACAGUUUGACACUAUUUUUGACGCUGUCAGCUGUCAAGAGUGCCCACAUACCGAAGGCAACAGAAAGAGGUCCACAUAACGUGAUCCCUUUAAUGGAGGUGUACAACAAGAGUUUGUGUCAGCCUCGGGAGCUGCUGGUGGAGAUACUACAAGAGUAUCCGGAGGAGGUGGAGCACAUCUUCAUCCCGUCCUGCGUGGUGUUGAUGCGCUGCGCCGGUUGCUGCAACGAUGAGAUGCUGCAGUGCAUGCCCACAUCCAGCUAUAACAUUACAAUGGAGAUUAAAAGAAUAAAACUCCUAAAGCAACAAAGUGAUAUUUUCAUGAGUUUUACAGAACACAGCGCAUGUGAGUGUAGGUUAAAGAAAGAAGUGAAAGAAGUGAAUGAAAAAAAAUCCCGGAAAGGCAAGGCUAAAGGCCAAAAGAGAAAACGAAAGAAAAACCGUGACAAAACAAUUCACGAUGCUGUUUGUGAGCCAUGUUGUGAUCACUGUUCAGAGAGGAGAAAGCGUUUGUUCGUGCAGGAUCCUGCAACCUGCCGGUGCUCCUGCAAACACACAGACGAAAACUGUAAAGAACGCCAGCUAGAGCUCAAUGAGAGGACCUGCAAAUGUGACAAGCCAAGAAGAUGAGAGAGGUGGGAGCACCAGAUGUACAAGAUGAAGGAAUAUUCUAGAGAUAUUUCACAGCACAGCACUUUGACCUUUGAACCGUAAGCUCUUCUUUUUGAUGGAAAGCAUUCCCCUUGGACUGACUGAGAGAGAACAAAAAGGAAGACUGAACCGAAGUUUCCUCCCACUGUAUAUCUGUGUGUAUAUAGACCAUGAUAAAAGAAAAAAAGAGUACCCAAUUGUUAUGCUGCUACAGAAACAAAUAACUAAACUCAGCAUUUGACAAAAAGCAAAUAGCCGCCAUGUGGUUUCGCGUUUCUAACAGGCUUGUGAUGCAGGUGUAGUCUUGUUGUGAAUUCAUUGUAUGCAAUUACUUCACUGGAUAUGAGUCUACUGUGGCUGUGUGUCAAUCAUAAAUUGCAAAACCUCUCAAUCUAAGAUAUAUUAAACUGCUAAAAGAGCUGGUGAGGCUGAAGUGGACAGGAGCGCUCUCCUUACAAAAAUGAUGGAUGGACUUUAAUCUGUCAAUGGAGGUACCAGCAGGACAACCAGGACACCUGACUGAAAUCUUGAAUCUGUCUCGCUUCCUUUCCCACGAGGAAAUUGCAGGACUGAUGUGGACAGGAUAAAAUGUUCACUACUGUGAUCAGCUUGCAGGAGAAAAGACUCUGGAGUGCCAUAUAUUUUUAAAGGGAUACUGGUUAUCAAUAUAGCAUCUAAUAAUGUCCUAUAUGAAAACCACUGAAAACAUCCUAAACUGUAGUUUGAUUCCAUUUGAAAAACUGUGCCUCGCAAAAUGUACUGAGAAAUCUUUGGAGUGCUUUUUAAAUUAUUUUUUCUUUCCUUUUUCAGGAGAGGGGAUUGUUAAAGUAGUUUUGUUAGUUUUUAACUCAGAAUCUACAGAAUCCAUGAUCACAUAUCUUCUUCUCUGAACUUGUACAUACUUAAUAUCCCUUUAUCCCAUAGUCCAUUCUAGAUAAUUUAUAAUGUUAUAGAGUAUUUUUCAGUAUUCAGUCUUCUACCCAUAUUUAAUUUGGUCUAUUUAUAUAUGCAGUGUUAUGUAUCUGUAGCUGUCCUAUACCCCCUAUGUGUAAGGUCACUGAUGGCUACUCUCCACAAGGAGACUCUCUGUGCUUUUCAACAAUACAAAAAAAGAAAAAACAACAACAAAAAAAAUCUAAAAUGAUUUGUUAACAUUCCCUAAAUGGAUUAUUUGUAGUGGUGUACUGAUCUCCUCUGGAUUAUUCAACCCCUCUUGUCUAAGGGUUUGGGUGUUGUGUAAAACGUGGGUAUCCGUGUGUUUGUGUACAUGUGCGUGUAUGAGUGUGUGGUCACGUGCAUUUGUGCACACCUGUGUGUAGGUGUUAGUAAGUUGUAUUUAAGUAUUUAAAUAAGUAUCAGGCCUGUGUUUUGUCCGUCUUGCAAGAUGCAAAUACAAAUAAACUACUGCUAGCAGCUCAGCAUACACUACCAUGACACCAUCACCGUUUUAAAUAUGGAUAACAAUCUGCAUCCUUUCUGCCAGCAGUCUUAGAGCCCUCAUUAAUAGUUCUCUUUGUCUCUUCUUCACCAUUAACAUGUUUUCUGUGUCUAUGUAAAACAGUAAAGCAUAUUUAUUUCAAAUUAUAUUGUUUUUAUAUAAAAUAAGGAAAAGGUUGCUGUGUUGUGAAUGCUGUGUUUUCAAGAGAUUUCAUUAGGAAACAUGAGCUUUCCAUGUUCUUGUGCGGCAAGUUGAUGCUCACACGUCUGCUAAGAAUCUGGACGGAAUGUAAUCUGAGAGAAAGUAGAACAGAGAAAUAAGAAAUUCCUGCACGCAUUUCAUGACAGACGGACAGAUAUUCAGCCUUAUGAAUAAAAUGGCACUUUGAAGCA